AUGGGCUAUACCAUUGCACACGGCAAGAAAUUGCCCGAUGCCAAAGUGCCUCCCAUUGGUGUGGUGACCUGUCGCAGUAGCCCUCGUGGGCAUAUGAUUGUGGCCUCUGCACGCGACCCCAUGGUGAUGGGCAAGGUGCUGCUGUAUUUCAUCUCCAAGCAGAUGGAGGUGCUCCAGCUUCAAAGCAUCGGCUGGAGCGAUCCCCUCAGCCUGGCGCCCAAGAGAGACGUAACACGUGAUAUCUUGAUCACCGACAUCGUGCCAACGCAUCACUUUCCUCAAGAGAGAUCACAAGAACGCUUGUUUCUUGGCAAAAUUCUUUGUGAUCUGCCGGGAAUUGGAGCCCCCGAAGCGCUUGGUCGCGCAUGUGUGCGGAACCUCCUGCCCAACAAUCCUGUCAGCUGCCUGUGUGGCAGCGCCAAAUCUCGAGUCAGUCGAUGCUAUGUAGGUUGCAAGAUGGCGAUGGUGCAGAUCAUGGAGUGGCGGGAUGACAAGACGACCCGAGCUCAUCACCUUGGCAAAGUUCAGAUUCCAGGAGAAGAUGCCAGCGUGGUCACCAUGAGGACCUUCUUGCGAGGAGAGGAGGAAGUGCUCGCGAUCAUGUUGGAGCAUGCCAUCUAUGUGCAGGGCUUGGUCUUCGGCGCCGAUGGCAACGUCUCGCAAGAACGAAGCGCCAGCCUGGCAGUGUCUUUGACAUCCUUGGGCUGCUCACAUCCUAGUCUUGUGGCCAUGAACAACGGCCCGAAGUCCGCUGCAGCUGUGCAGGGUUUCUUGCAACUGGCCUGGGUUGAUGAGGACACCCUCCGCGUGGGCUCGGUCAAAAUGGACGAAGCGGCCACCUUUGGUGGCCGUAAAGUCACGCCGAUCAAGGAGGAAGCCAAGACUGAGCAACGCAGGCCCAGCAUCGGCAAUGACCGUGGCAGCCCAAUGACCACCCCACGAGGUGGAACCGUGCGGAGGAAACCCUUGAACGGAGCAGGGAGCUUUGCACCGCGUCCUGCGUCAUCACGAGGAGAGAGCAACACCGGCGUGGAAGGUCGCAAGGAGGGCCGCCGUAUGGUCAGUGGGCCUGCGGCCAGGUCCACCAACAGCACUCCUGGCUCAGCAGGAAAAGCCACGGUGGUGUCUCACGUGGCUCGCACCGUGAAGCGCAAUCCAAGGGUGCCAACCAAGGCCUCGGAGGAGGGCCUCGUUUCCGCCGCCGCCAUGGUGGCCAGUGAGGGAGAGCUGCAGGCUCGUAUCGAUCGUGUGCCUUCGCCCGCGACGCAGCGGCAGAGGUCUUUGGAGGCGGUACACCAUGUGGCCUCCGCACAAACCGAUCGCCAGGAGCCCCGCGCCCCGGAUGAGCAGUGGGCUGCCAAGGUGGCCCGCUACCAACAGCAUCAGACCUGGGCUCCGCCGGCUGGAAGCAGCACCCCCUUGUGGCGUGUGAAGGGUGCUGCCACCUUGAGCCACGUCGGCCACGUGAAUUCUGUGAAUUCCAAUCCUGUGAGCCACAUCACCAGGGGUCCUUCCCUGGACCUGCAGCCAGCGGUGCAAGCGGUGCAAGCGGCCUUGCAUCCGCCAGGAACCAGUGCCUCGCAAGCAGCACCGCAGUCGAUCCAAGGUCUUUCUUCCUGGCCCACGGUUUGGGUCCCACAAGCGAUUCCGGCCGCGCCCCUGAGCCGUCACAGCAUGGGCCAAACGCUGGCGCCUCAAGCUGUCAGCGCAGUCAACCCGAUGAAUACGCAGGCCAUGCUCCGUGGCAUGGUGGCACCAGUUUCAACCCAGGUGGUGCUGGAGGAUCUGGAUCCCUUGGAUCCCCUGAGCAGGUCACGCCGCAAUCAGCCGUUCGUCCAAUCCCUUCCGACUGCGCACCCUGCAUUUCUGCACCGCUGGCCAUUCCACUAAGCCACCAAGCAGCAACUUACAGAAAAGACAGACAGGAACAAACAAUAAGGUACUGUAACAC